UUAGGUUAUAUUUUGAUAUUUAGCGUUAAUCGGUCACAGAAUCAAAACUCUCGAAAAUAAAUUUUGUUGUUUACCGCCUAGCACAUACUCUGUAUCGUUAUCGACAAAUUGUAACGUUUUGAAAGUCUACUCUUUGGCUCUGAUUUAGUUUUCACUUUUUGUAAGAAAAUCCUUUUCCACUGAAAUUUCAAAAAUCCCCAUCCAUUUAAAAAUGACGUCUUCAAAUGAAAUUGAUUCUCACUUUGUGAAAUGUUUGGGGUUUCUGCAUGCCAGUUCCAAAUUGCGAAGGGGUGACCCAGUUCCUCUACAGUAUGUUCUGGAAGAAGCAAUAAAAAUUAAAUAUGGAAUAGUUAAAGAUUAUACAGAUCUUGUUCAAGCUUGUCUGAAGCCCAGAGAGAAUGUUCCUCUAGUGAAUACGCCUUUUGAGGAAAGCAAAGGGUCCAAUUCUGAUAAUGAGCUGGAAUUAGAUUUGCUGAAAGAGGAUCUUAUGUGUGUUAUAUGCAAAUUGCUCAAGGCCUUGUCCUUGGCUGAUAAAACUGACUAUCCACAUUUGUGUCUAUUGCACCCUUAUUAUGAUCUAAGAGACCCGAAGGUUCAACGCAGAUUCUUAGAAGAGAAUUGUGCAGCAAAUCCUGACAUGUGCAAAUAUCUGGAGAUUAAAAACAUAAAUUAGUGAAACAAAACCUAAAUAACUCAACCUUUUUUUAUAUGAUGGCACUGAAGUUCCAAUAAAAUGUAUUUUCUUUUAUA